AGCAUGGAGCCAGGCGGCGGUGGCGGUGUAGACGCUCGGAAACACGAACAAUGACAGAAAGUCUGCAAAAUAUGAGCUGAGAUAAUAGGGUGCAUUUCCAUCGUCUGUAGGCUCAUGAGAAAAAUUGCGUGACACCUCUUUUUUGUGGAAUGUGCACCCUGAUUACAGCGGUAUGUGUGUGUGUGUGUGUGUGUGUUUGAGUCAAAGCACAUGCCCGCUCCAUGAUUACAGCUGUAUAUUCCCAGUGUUACAGAUAAUGCUUUUGUUUCUCUUGCAGCUCCUCCCUUCCUCCUCCUCUCUUCUGUCCUUUCCUUUCAUUUCUCUCCCCCUCCCACUCUCUUCCCCCCUCUUUCUGUCCGCAAACGUCGCUCGAUAGCGGUCUGUUAACUCUGCGAUAGGCCCGUCGCCGCUAUCGGCCGGGGGAAGUUGUGUAUCUCAUCCUGCAGCCCUCGCGCCAGUGGAAGCUCUCCAUGCAUUUGGCGGGCGGGUCGUCAGAGAAAGCGUCUGGUUUUUGAUUAAUAUUUCAAUCCCUGAAAUAAGCAUCGUGUGAAAUCAGAGGUGGAGGACAAGUUAGCAGUUAGUUGUCAUGUGUGUUUUUCUUUUUAAAUGACUACAUUGAGUAGUUGCUUUUCAGCCCCUGAACAGAUGUGAUAUAGUAUCCAGAGAUACAAGCAUUGGGGCAGUGUGUGUGUGUGUGUGUGUGUGUGUGUGUGUAAUGAGCACUGCAGUCGUUAGUGGGGGGGGGUCGCCGCUCUGUACAGCGGGCGUACAGGACUGCACAGAUGGCGGUGGAAUGAGAGGCGUACUCGCUGCAGAUUUACGCUGCUCUCUCGGGCGUCUGUCAGCGUGUCUGUGAGUCGCUCUCGCUCCUCGUUUGACAGCCUGAGCAUAUGCAUCAGUGUCGCCGUGGCACGCCACGCAGACGUAUGACGCGGCGGGUCCAUCCAUUUCCAGCGCCAGCCAGUCUGUCUGAGCGCAGUUCGCAGAUCGCACUGGGAAGCACUCCACCAUGCCCGACUCACCUGCGGACGUCAAGACACAGUCCAGGUUGACCCCCCCUACUAUGCCGCCCCCACCCAGCACGCAAGGAGCACCACGCAACAGCUCCUACACCCCCACCACAUUAACCAAUGGCAGCAGCCAUUCUCCUACGGCGCUCAACGGCGCUCCAUCUCCCCCGAACGGCUACAGCAACGGCCCCAGCUCCUCCUCCUCCUCCUCGCUGGCCAACCAGCAGCUGCCGCCGGCCUGCGGCGCGCGGCAGCUCAGCAAGCUCAAGCGCUUCCUCACGACCCUGCAGCAGUUUGGCAACGACAUCUCACCGGAAAUCGGCGAGCGGGUCCGCACGCUAGUGCUCGGACUAGUGAAUUCCACGCUAACCAUCGAAGAAUUUCACUCCAAGCUCCAAGAAGCCACCAACUUCCCCCUGCGACCUUUCGUCAUACCCUUUCUGAAGGCUAACCUGCCGCUGCUUCAGAGAGAGCUGCUGCACUGUGCCAGGCUGGCCAAGCAGAACCCCGCUCAGUACCUGGCCCAGCACGAGCAGCUGCUCCUGGACACCAGCACCACCUCCCCGGUGGACUCCUCCGAGCUCCUGCUGGACGUCAACGAGAACGGCAAGAGAAGGACGCCGGACAGAACCAAAGAGAACGGCUUCGAGCGAGAUGGCGCCCUGCAUCCCGAUGUGCACCCAAGCAAGCGGCCCUGCACCAUAAGCCCCGCCCAGCGCUUCAGCCCGUCCAAUGGGCUCUCCUACCAACCCAACGGACUGCCCCACCCGGGGCCGAUCCCCCCGCAGCACUACAGGCUGGACGACAUGGCCAUCGCCCAUCACUACCGUGACACCUACAGACACCCCGCCUCCAAUCAUCGGGAGAUCCGGGAGAGAGCCAGACCUAUCGGCAUGCAUACAGGGACCAGGCAGGAGGAGGUGAUCGACCACAGGCUGACAGACAGAGAGUGGGCUGAGGAGUGGAAGCACCUUGACCAUGUAAGAAAACUGCUCAACUGUAUCAUGGACAUGGUGGAGAAGACAAGGCGCUCGCUGACCGUGCUGCGGCGGUGCCAGGAGGCCGACCGCGAGGAGCUCAACUACUGGAUCCGGCGGUACAGCGACGCAGAGGAGCUGAAGAAGGGAGCCGCUAGCGGGCAGUCGAGGCAGCAGAGCCCGGCGGCACAGGAGAACGCGCCAUCAGAAAUUCACAGGGAGCUGCUGCACCGGCCUGUGUCUGGCUACGUCCCUGAAGAAAUCUGGAAGAAAGCUGGUGCGGGAGGCUUGACUUCCUCUGUCUCCACACUCUUUCCAGAGGAGGCCGUGAAUGAGGUGAAGCGACAGGCCAUGUCGGAGCUGCAGAAGGCCGUGUCGGAGGCCGAGCGCAAGGCUCACGAGAUGAUCAGCAGCGAGCGGGCCAAGAUGGAGCGCACGGUGGCCGAGGCCAAGCGGCAGGCGGCCGAGGACGCUCUCUCCAUUAUCAACCAGCAGGAGGACUCCAGCGAGAGCUGCUGGAACUGUGGCCGCAAAGCCAGUGAGACGUGCAGCGGCUGCAACACGGCGCGCUACUGCGGCUCCUUCUGCCAGCACAAGGACUGGGAGAAGCACCACCAUGUCUGCGGUCAAACCCUCCAGGCCCAGCAGCAGCAGCAGCAAGCCAGCCAGCAGCAGGGAAGCGUCCCCGGGUCAGAGACCCCCGCCCCCAUCAGCUCCUCCGCCUGCACCCCGAGCAGCGGAACCGGGAGUCCGGCUGCCACCCCGCCCGCCGCCACCCCUCGCUCCUCCACCCCCAGCACCCCGUCCUCCUCCGCCCUGGAUGGCACACCGCGCUAAGAGACUCGAACGGAGGACGGAGGCAACGAAAAUGCCUCCCGGGGGGGGGGCUUAACAUCCAGCCCCCCCCCACCCCCCCAACCCCCACAAACAGCAUGACUGUCUACAUUGCCUUGCAAAGAUACUAAGCUAACGUGGCUAACAGGAAAAGAUGGCAAUGCUUCUGUCUAUCUUGCAGCGUAGUCAUAGGAGGAGGAGGCGGAGGUCCAUAAUCAGGUCAUAUUGACUUGCCAUGACUUUAAAGAAACGCAAAGAUAUUCUUUGUUUUGAAUGAAUGAAUUUAAAAUAUUGACAUCCUUUUAUCGUUACACUUGCUAUUCUCGUUGUCCGUUCGUCGUACGUGCGUGUUGUUGUUAAACGUUGUCGUCAUCGUAGCUGAUCUUGUUUUCUCCUGUAAAUACUAAGAGACUGAGCAGAGAUAGCCGUGAACUCGAGACAAGUAUAUCUGACCUCCCCCUUUUUAUUGAGUGUUUUUUUUUUUUUUUUUUUUUUCCCAUCCUUGAAUUUAUGCUUCUUAUCCUUCCUGCACCGGGGACGUGAGACUAGUCGACCUCAUUCACCAAACAGCAUACCAAGGGAACAUGUCCUAGCUAGCAGAGCGACAGACGUCAUUGAUACUCUCUGUAAAGAAUGACAUCCGAUUUAAAUACCCUGAGAGACACACCGACGGAUGGAUGGAUAAACAAGUUUGCUGCCUGGAGAGAGGAGAGAUGGACUGAAUCUCUGGCCCACAGACCCCCAUGAAAUGGGCAGAUGUGCAGCAGAUUGCGAGCGGAGCCAGCUGUUCAGCCAAUGUUAUUUCCCUCUCACUUGUAAUAAUAUCCAGGUCAGUGGGCUGGGAAAUACAAAUCCGUCUCCCCGAAGGACGUAAAAGGCAGAAAUUCUUGGACAAGAUACAAAACUUUGCCCGCUGCGCGCGUGGAGAGGAUGUACUGACUCGCGAUCCGCACGUCCGCGCUCGGUGGGCUACAGGAGCUCUCAAACAGGGAGAUAAAGUCGUCGUCCCGCCAGCGAGACUGUCAGAUCACCGCGACGGCGGCACCCAGAGCCGAAAAGAAAAACCCACAGAACUCAGCAGGAAGCUCAUUCUGCGCCCCAGACGCUCCCCUCCUGUCUCAACUCUGACAAACAUUUUCAUCCUUCUUCAUGUUCCGAUUCUUUUUCUGUAGCUGUCAUGGUGUUUAAGACUUCUGUCCUGUGGUGUCACCGAUGGUUAUUUAUUGUAUAUGUGUUGGACAGUUGUGACAAUGCAUAGUACUCCAACCGGUCACAACUCUCAAGUCCUUCAUAACUCUCUCUCUCUCUCUCUCUCUCGCUCUCUCUCUAGCUGGUGCAAAAAGAGAUGAAAAAAAAAAAAAAAGAGGUGUUAUCUUUUUUCCGAGCUGCUUUUCUAUUCUGUGUGUAGGUGGUAGAAUCCCUCGUAGUUCUAUGAGUUUUGCUCCCCUUCGUCCUCAAGAAAAGACACAAGCUAUAUCUCAGAGCUGCUACUUGAGUCCGACCCAGAUCUUUUCUGAGAACUAGCAUGUUGCGCGGAAUGCUAAUUGUUUUGUACAAGGGACAUACAUAAAUGUAUUUGCACUGUCACAGAGGUUAUUUCAGCAUGCUUCUUUUCAGCAUACUUGUGUUGUCGGUAUAGAGCCAUAACCCAUCAACCAUUUUGUAUGUAGUUGAUAGCAUUACCUGUUUUUUACAUUCUGUGGGAUGGGGUGGGCAGGGGAGGGGCAGUUGGAAAAAUGUAAAAUCACCAAAACCCACUUUCUUUUACUUUUUUUUUUUUUUUUGUCGUCUCAACAUGCUAACGAAAGCGGCCAUAACACUUCUUUUUGAAUAGUUACAGACAGUGCAUGCACAUUACUGAACGUUUGUUAAAUAUUUGUUAUUUUUUAGAAAAAAAAACCUGGGGGGGGGAAAAAACGACCAAAAAAAGUACAAAAAAAAAAAAUAUUCUAACAAACUAACUUUCCAAAUGCAGAGGUGUAGACUCCGAUUGACAGCUUUAACACUGCAAAGCACCAGGUAACACACAGUAUUAACACAAGAGAUAAACACAAAAAAAAAAAAUACAAACAAACACCAAAAACAGCCAAAGACUGACACCAAGGACCAAAACCCGAUUUAAAAGAUUUUUCAAAAGAGGUUUGUUCACACGGAAUAUUUGGUUAUUUAUUUUCUGCGGGUUUCGUUUUCACAAAAAUACAAUUUCUGUGGCAUAAAAAAAAAAAUCCCUUUUUUUUUUUUUUUUUUAAAUCCUUUCUGGAAACCAACGGCGCUCGUCUUACAUUGUGAAAUGAGAAGGUGCGAAUGAAACAUAACAGACGUUUCGCAGCCGUGUUACAUUCUAUUCUAACCGGAGCAAUAAUAACUAAUGUGACAUGAACACUGAUCACUUCUUUUUUCGGAAGACAACAUUUUUUGAGAUUAUUUUCUGAUCCCGUUCGUGCAUUUUUCUCAUGACGCAGAUGUCGGAUUAAGCGCCCGUUUCAGCUUUAAGCAGUUCCGUUCUUUAUUCCCAAAAGAAGUGAACGUGAGACAGGGCUUUCGUGGCGGAAACACUUUUUAAUUAUUUAUGUCAGAUUACUUUGCUGUCGGGAUGGAGAAUCAGUCGCAGCUUUGUUGUAAAUCAAACAAAACCUCUCGUUCGCAGUAAGAGAGCACUUAACCCCGACGCACACGAAAAAGGCUCUUCACCCCCAGACACCUUGGUGCUACACAGAAGCGCGUUACAAAUUCUGACCUCAAGGAACAGGCGGAGGCCCCGCAAAGGUUCCCCCCCUGGGGGGGCCGUUUGCUCCCUCUGUACUUCCUCAUUGCUCCCUCCUCGUCUAAAUAGAAAAAAACACACACCUGCAUUUUUUUUUCUUGACUCUAAAGGGUUAAACAAAUCCAAAAAGGUGUCUGACACCCAACUAGCGACUCCUCAGAAGCUGUGAAGAAACAGCCGAGCCUGUUUUAACACUAGUGUAUUUGAAAAGUAUACAACAAGUGACGUGUGUGUUCAACGUUAUCAGGGCAAAACCUGGGUUUGAAAAAAAAAAGAGAAAAAAAAGGGUUAAAAAAUACGAUUAUCACUCAAUGAUUCUUUGAGAAGCUCUAUUUUUUUUUUUCUUUCUUCCCUCCUCUACGUGUGUUUUGCUACAAAUUCCUCGGUGGCAAACAAGUCUCACUCUACCUCUUACAGCACGAUAAGAGCAUCAGUCGCGGCGCUGAUACUGGUCUAGUCUAAACCAAAUGGGCACAAGAGAACAGGAAAAACAAAAAAAAAUUUAAAAAACCCAAAGUCGAAGCUCAUACAGCUGCAAAACCAUAUCACUACUUGGUAACAAUGCAGACCUCAUAAAUAAAUGAAACAUAAAUGAAUAGAAACGAGAAAAAAAAAAAAGAAAAAAAAAACUUUUGUUAUGUUCCUUUAUGCCUGUGGCGUUUCUAGAGUACAUCAAGAGUUUUGAAUUGUUUGAACAGAUUUUAAAAGGAAAAAUUGUGCUGAUUUUAAAAAAAGGGAGGCGUCGUCGCAUUUCGCCGGCGCGGCGCGCUUAAAGGUCGCGGAUACGAAGGUGUCGUUUCUCUCUCGCUCUUUUUUUUCUCUCCUGUUUCCCCCUCCGCCCUUUCCUCUCCUCUUCUCUCCUCUGUCGCGGAGACACGCUCAAAGUGCUUGUCGACUUGUCAGCGGAGGGUGAAUUCAAAAAAAGGGGGGGCGUACACAAAAAGCUUGUAAAAUCUCAAAUAAUAAAAAAAAAUAUAUAUAAACAAAAUAAGGCCAUGGAUUUAGGCAUGCCUGUUUUUUCACGAUAGGGGGGAAAUUUCCUACUUAU